AUGGGGACCAUUAGAACUGGGUGCAAAGCUCAACUUAUGAUUUGCACGGUGGAUGGUAAAUUAUAUACAGUAAAGAGAUUUGUUGAUGGCCAUAAUCAUAAGUUUGUAUGUCCACACGAUAUUCAUAUGCUGCCAGCGUACAAACAAUUGUCAGAUGCCCAGGAGGAGAUGAUAUGGGAACUAGGCACUUUAAACCUUGGCCCUGUCAAAGGUUUCCAUAUAAUGAGGAAACGUUACGGUGGUUUCGAGAAUGUUGGCGCCAUGGUUGAUGAUUGCAAAAAUUUUAGGAAUCAAAUUUACAGCUAUAUAGGAGAGUAUGACGCUGACAUGGUGAUUAAUAGGUUGACCGACAAAAAACAGUAUUUAGUUGAUUAUUCAUUUGAAUAUUAUGUUGAUGAUGACAGACGGUUAACUGGUUUGUUCUGGGACGAUGGGUUAUGCAAGCGUAACUUUAUGGAGUUCAGGGAUGUGAUAUCGUUCGAUGCAACUUUCAAGACAAACAGAUUAGGUGUUGAAUAUAUCGCAUGUUAUACUUCAUUUGGUCGGCAGCCAAAGGUUGUAGUGACGGACCAAGACCCUGCUAUGAAACAGGCUAUUGAGGAGGUUUUUUCUACCAGCAGACACAGAUUGUGCAUGUGGCACAUAAUGAAAAAAGUGGCAGAUAAGGUUGGACACAAGUUGUGCAAUAAUGAUGAGUUUAAAAGGAGGAUGUGCGAUAUUGUAUGGAUUGAUUCCAUUGAUCCUGAAGAAUUUGUGAGACAGUGGAAGUUGGUAAUGAUUGAGUACGGUCUUACACAAAAUACAUGGAUUGAUGAUAUGUUUGCGAUGAGAUCCAUGUGGAUUCCAGCUUUUUACCGGCACGAGCCAAUGUCUGGACUUAUGAGAACAACAUCGAGAUCAGAGAAGUUUAUGAAUCAUUUUGACGGUGCAAUGGAUGUCCAAAGGUUCAAUCAUAGAAAGAAUGAUCACAUUUCAAGAUAUACUGAGCCUAAUGAUUGGAGCCAGACUACUUUGGAAAAAGAUGCUGCUAAGAUAUACACCAGGUCAAUAUUCUUUGAUCAGCAAAUAGAGAUAUAUGGAACUAUUACCGAAUGUCUACCGAUGGACACCAAAAUCGAGGGUCCACGGAUAAGGAUAGCGUUGAAAGACUUUAAAGCUCAUGGAGAUGGGUUAUUAGAGAUGUUUGGUGUUAAAGAAAUACCAAACAAAUACGUUAUGAAGAGAUGGACAAAGGAUGUUGUUCCGAAUGAAUUAAACGCCACGUUCGAUGUAAAGAUACUGAAAGGCAAACAACAAAAGAAGAUGAAGGGAGUCCAGAUUGAAAAAGAUCCCCGGCACAAAGCCAACGAAGUCGAAGACGAUGAAGAGGAAGAUGAGUUUGAAGAUUACAGUGGAAGUAGUGAUGAUGGCACUGCAGAAGAAGAACAGUGGGAGGAGGUUUCAGAUGAGGAAGAUUAG